AUGACAGAACAUAUUGACAACGAUCAAAUAACUAACAAUCUACGUUAUCGUUUUGAAUAUUUAUCGAAAUUUCUCAAUUUUACAUCCAAUGACAUAACUUUACUCAAUCAGUUUGCCGUUCUUCUUCUCCCACGCAUUCCUGUCGUUGCCGAUACUGUCUAUAGGAAAUUACUUUCAUUCGAUAUUACUAAGCAGUUCUUUCUCGUUCGUAAUGACGGUUUCGAUGGGCAUAUGGUAAAAAAGGGAACAAGUUUAACACUCGAAUCCGCUCAAAUGACUUUCCGAAAAGAUAUGUUAAGCAAGUACCUCAAACGUAUUCUAACUCAGCAAGAUUGGAACGAUGCAUUUCUUCAGUAUUUAUCUCAAGUAGGCAAGAUGCAUACGAAUCAGGCCGGUUCUACGUCGAUCAAUGUCGAUUACAUUCAUAUUAAUGCACUACUUGGGUACCUAGAGCAUCUUCUGAUCGAUGUCUUAUGGACAAUUGAGAGUGUCAGUAAUCAAGCAAAGCACGAUAUGAUUGCAGCGGUGAAUAAAUUAUUCUGGAUUCAAAAUGAUUUCUUCACUAUGCAUUAUUUGCGGACAUGGAACGGAGAUGAAUCGACAACGACGAAAUCACCGUCGGUGAAUAAGAACAAAUACUGUUGUUUAUAG